GGAUGCGGGCGGUGCCGCGGCCCUCGCGGCCCUGGGGAUGGGCGGAGCCCCAGCCGCCAGUGCUGGUGGCCGCCGCCGCUGCCGUAGUCCGAGCGGCCACCUCUGUUCCGGCGCGUCGCUGCUUCCCAGGGCGGUGGUAUGCUGGGGAAAGCGGUAGUCGGCGCUGGCGGCGGCACCAAGGUGCUGAAACCCUCCUUCGUGUCGUACGUGCGCCCCGAGGAAAUUCACACAAACGAAAAGGAAGUAACAGAGAAGGAAGUAACUCUUCACUUGUUGCCAGGUGAGGAGCUGCUCUGUGAAGCCAGCACCGUCCUGAAGUAUGUCCAGGAGGAUUCGUGCCAGCGCGGGAUCUGUGGGAGACUGGUCUGCACGGACUUCAAGAUCGCUUUCUUGGGCAGUGACGAGUCUGCCCUGGAGAACGACGAAACCCAGUUUAAGAACAAGGUUAUAGGAGAAAAUGACAUUACACUCCACUGUGUGGAUCAGAUUUAUGGAGUGUUUGAUGAGAAAAAAAAAACUCUCUUCGGACAGCUGAAGAAGUACCCCGAGAAGCUCAUCAUCCACUGCAAAGACCUCCGGGUGUUCCACUUCUGCCUGAGGUACACGAAAGAAGAGGAAGUCAAAAGGAUUGUGAGCGGCAUCAUUCACCACACCCUGGCCCCUAAACGGCUCAAGCGCUUGUUUCUCUUUUCCUAUGCAGCUGCUGUACAGAGCAGUGCAGCCACCAGCCCCAAGAGCCACACUGUGAUGUUUGACACCCUCGAGGACUGGUGUCGGGAGCUGGAGCGGACCCGGGGCAGCGUGAAGUACAAAGCAGUGAGUGUCAACGAAGGCUACAGGGUCUGUGAAAGGUUGCCAGCAUACUUCGUUGUCCCGACCCCUCUUCCCGAAGAGAACGUGUCUCGCUUUCAGGGUCACGGCGUACCGAUAUGGUGUUGGUCCUGCCACAAUGGAUGUGCCCUUUUGAAAAUGUCAGCCCUACCCAAAGAACAGGAUGAUAGCGUUUUGCAAACCCAGAAGAGCUUCUUGGAAGGAAUUUACAGGAUCAUCCACAGGCCACCCUACGAGAUUGUCAAAACCGAAGACCUAUCAAGCAACUUCGUGUCCCUGCAGGAUAUCCAGACUGCGUACUCCAAGUUUAAACAGCUGUUUCUGAUAGAUAACAGCACUGAAUUUUGGGACACAGAUAUAAAAUGGUUUUCUCUGUUGGAAAGUAGCAGCUGGCUUGACAUAAUCAGACGUUGCCUGAAAAAAGCAAUAGAGAUCGUGGAAUGUCUAGAAGCACAGAACAUGAACGUUCUUCUCGUAGAGGAGAACGCUUCCGACCUCUGCUGCCUCGUUUCCUCCCUGGUGCAAGUGAUGAUGGACCCCCACUGUAGGACCAGCGCUGGCUUCCAGAGCCUCAUCCAGAAGGAGUGGGUCAUGGGCGGGCACUGCUUCCUGGACCGCUGCAACCAUCUCCGUCAGAGCGACAAGGAGGAGGUGCCUGUGUUCCUGCUCUUCUUGGACUGCGUCUGGCAGCUGGUGCACCAGCACCCCCCAGCAUUUGAGUUCACGGAGACCUACCUGACCGUUUUGUCAGAUAGCCUGUACAUACCCAUUUUUAGCACCUUCUUCUUCAAUUCGCCUCACCAGAAAGAAACGAACAUGGGCAAGGAAGGCCCGGACGCACAAGGCAAGCCUUUGAGCCUGCUCACCGUGUGGGAUUGGUCCGUGCAGUUCGAACCCAAAGCCCAGAUGCUGCUCAGAAACCCUCUGUACGUGGAAAAGCCGAAACUGGACAAAGGCCAGCGGAAAGGAACGCGCUUCAAACAUCAACGACAGCUUUCUUUGCCACUCACCCAAUCUAAGUCAUCUCCCAAAAGAGGAUUUCUCAGGGAAGAAACAGAUCAUUUAUUUAAAAACCUUCUGGGCAAGAGAAUUAGCAAACUGAUCAAUUCUUCUGAUGAGCUGCAAGACACCUUUCGAGAAUUCUAUGAUAGCUGGCACAGCAAGCCCACCGACUACCACGGUCUGUUGCUGCCUCACAUCGAGGGGCCCGAAAUCAGGGUCUGGGCCCAGCGCUACUUGCGUUGGAUUCCAGAAGCCCAAAUUCUGGGCGGUGGCACGGUGGCCACCAUGAGCAAACUCUUGGAAAUGAUGGAGGAAGUACAGAGCCUACAGGAAAAAAUCAACGAGGGACACCACCGCCAGGAGGCCCCCCAGGCAGAGGCCCCCUCCCUGCUGAGGAACUCUGCCCGCCUGUCCUCUUUGUUUCCUUUCGCUUUGCUGCAGCGGCCGUCCUCUAAGCCCGUCUUGCCCACCAGUGGCUGGAAAGCUUUGGGAGACGAAGAAGACCUGGCCAAACGGGAAGAUGAGUUUGUGGAUCUAGGGGAUGUGUGACCUCCCUGCUCAGUGGUGGUGAAAGGGGUUGGAAUUUUGAAGACUCGGACCGGCAGCCAACACACUGACCUCUGGACUGGUGUGUCACGCUGGUGCUGACUGGUGGGAGAGACGGCCGCUGGCCCGGAGCUCUGUAGGAGGAAACCCGGGCCUUCCGGAGAAGAGCUGGCACUCAUUUUUUUCUUUUAAUGGUCCUGAAAGACUAUGCAAUUAAAACCAUGUCUCUAGUAUUAUUCAUUGGAAGGAAUUACUACUUGACCCAUGAUAGAAUUGCAGCUCUUAUCUGAUGCUUAAGUGUUAUACAGAAUCUGCAGUGGCUGGUUCACUACUAAAAAGGGCUUUAGGAAGAUAUUCUUGGACUCAACUCUUUCUUCAGGUCCGUUCUGCGCCAGGAUGACGUAUCCAGUCACUGGGAACCGCCGGUGUCUCUCGAGCCUGCCUCAGCUCGGAGCAACUUCGGCUUUACGUGAUGUGUGUAUGGGGAGUGGAGGUUCAGGCAGCGGCGUUGAGAUGUGUGGCAUUUGCUUAAACAAACCACAGCACUUUUCCCCUCUGCGUCCUCCCGCCUGUAGAAGAGCUGGACAAAUCCCGCCCGUGUCACCCAUCCUGAUGCUUCCGACCACCCUCCCUCCUGCAUCAACUGGGUCGCUUUGCAGGGGUGCCGACGAGCCAACCACGCCACUCUUUUCCGUGGGCCGAUGCCUCUGGGUCCCUCCCUGCCUGCUCCAGCCCGCUCGCCACCCUCCCUCCAUGCUGUGCUGCCCCCUCUGGUGCACAUGGCCCCAGGGUCUUGCUUUGAAACCCACAGUUUUAACUGCAGGGCUCCCUUUGGUCAGCCCAGAGGAGCUUUCAUUCUUCUGGAGGCUCUCCCUGUUUGCAAGUACUGUGUACCUCAGUACUCGUCGUUAAUUCAUCCCGAGGGUGGCGAGCGAGUGAUGGUGGAUGGAGCGUUUUCUCUUGCGGGGUGGCAUCGUGACUCACUCAAGGCCCGGCAAGUGUGAUUGAUGAGUGCCGAGCAAGCGCCGAGUGCGGAAACAUUCCUUCUCAUCAAUCGACGAGUACCGGGCUGGGCGAGUUCCGGGGCUGACGAGUACCGAGGUACCCCUGUAAUUGUUUUGCCUUUUUCUAGCAGCAUGCUGAGGCCUCGGAGCAUUUGGGACCGUGGUCCCCUGCAAGAGCCCGUCCGAUGGUUUCCCACACUCUGUCACCUGACAGACUAAUGAGGAUCGUUUCUGAAUGUGGCUUUCAUGGGGAAGCAGCUAAACAUAAUUUGUGUCCGAAGUGAUGGCUAUCAUGUAGUACCUCAGCAAUUUAAAGAGCCAUAGGAGAAACUUAACUGCGUCUGGUAACCUUGCAUCUGCUGUCUGGAUGGUCUGUGUUUUUAAAUGCAGGAAAGCACACUGUAGAAGGACCAGUUUUUUCAUUCUCAGUGGGACUGUAUUAAAUCCCACUAAAGGAAGGGGGGAGUCUAAUGUUAGAAUGUUUCAGAUGGAAAUUUGCCUUUCAUAUAUAUACAUCUGCCCUCUGCUAUAGAUCCUAGCUUAAAUAUUACAUGUUUAGAAAAGCUUUCAGUUGCUGAAGGGCAAUAAGAAGUUUUAAAACUAUUGACAAAGAAGAGUUUCUUGGUUUGCACUGAAUUGUCUCUUGUAUACACCAGAAACUGCUUUGCCGUUCUCCCACUGCAUGGUGACACACAAGCCAGGGUCGUCUGUCCGGAUGGCCAGAGGUCGAGGGGAGGGUGGGGGUCACGGAUUGGGGCCAAGCACAUGUCUAGUCUCGGUUGCCUUAAGAUUCUCACGAGGGAGGUUGGUGUUAGGCUUGCCACAGGGAUUUUGAAAAUACACCAGUUCCCUAGCUACCUUCACGUAUUCUCUGUGGGCCUUCUUAAACUAGCACUCACCUCCGCUUCUCUGCCCUAGCUGCCCCAAGCACACUAUGGAACUGACUAUUUUUGUUACCACGUUGUAGCGUGAGUGAUUUACACAGUGGCCUCUUCAGUCUUAGGGCCUUAGUAAUUUUCAUUCCAGAAAUGCCCAGUGUGAUGCUUUACACUUCACAAUGAUGGUUUAAAGACACAAGGUCAUGGCCCUUGUCAUAGCAGUUGAAUGUGCAUUGAAAUAUUUUUCUAUGAUUUAAAAAAAUUGCAAUAGAAAAAUAAGCUGUUAUAACAUGGGAAGGUCAUGACAAUUUAUGUAUUUAUAUUUGAAAUCAGAUUUCUAUAAACUUGUAUUUGUGUACAGAAUUCUCAGUGGGUUUAUAUAUUGUGACAUUUUUAUUCAAGACUGAAAUGUGGGUUAUGCUUAACAGUUAAAGCUGAAACGAGACCAUUUUCUUUGUUUAAAAUGCUGCACUGUGCAAGUUUGGAAAUGUUCGUUAACUUACUGUAUAUAAUGUCUUGAGUUUGUUUAUACCUCCAAGUUUUUACACUGAAGAUAAAUUAGCUUUAAUUACAUUUAAACCUUUUUUUUUUAAUGGAAUAAGCUGUUGGGCUAAAUCUUUGUAAAUGUGCUUUUUAUUUUCUGGAUGUACAAUGAAAGUUUAUACUCAUAUCUCACUGCAUCAUACCUGAUUGCAGAAAUUAAAGCACAGCUUACCAG